GUGCAGCAUAUUAAUAAAGAACGCUUUUUUUUAGCCUUUAAAGACAUAUUUUUAGACAUUUUUACAUAUAAUAACUAUAAAAAGGCUUUUAAAGCAUUUAGACUAGUUCCUAUUAACGCGCAAGUAGUCCUUAAUUGUCUUAACAUGCAGCUAUGUACU